UUUCUUUUGUUUACAUUUGAAGCUACAAGUAAAAGUUAAAACGUGUUUUGAUCAUCUUUCAUGCAUUAAAUAGAAUUUGUACUAAAGUAAUAUUAAGCAAUAUGUCGAAAACGAAAAAAAGAGAAAAAGUCGUGAAAGAUAGACCACUUAGUAAAGCUUCGCACAGUUUAAAUCCUGAUAGGGAAAAAAGACCCAAUGGAAGAACAAAGUCGACAAUCAAUAGGCUGUUGAUGUACAAAAAUUAUAAACCUAAAAGAGAUCGAAGAGGAAAAAUUGUUAAACCUGCGCCAUUUCAGAGUAGACUUUCAUCUGGAUCUGUUGCUAGAGUAGCUCCGAAUCAAAAAUGGUUUGGAAAUACAAAAGUUAUAGGACAAAAUGCUCUACAAAGAUUUCAAGACGAAUUGGGAAAAGCACUGAAAGAUCCUUACCAAGUUGUGAUGAGACAGACUAAGCUUCCAAUUACCCUAUUGAAUGAAAGUGCAAAACAUAAAAGGUUUCAUAUAUUGGAUACUGAGGAUUUUGCUUCAACUUUUGGACCAAAAGCCAAGCGUAAGAGACCUAACUUGAAGACAUGUAAUCUGGAGGAAUUUGUCAGUGUAGCCCAAGAAUCUGCUGAAAAAUAUGAUUCCACUAAAGAUAAAAGUCUUAUAACUGAUGAAGAUAGAGAGAGGAAAGAAGCAAAAGAAAUGAUAAUGUUAAAAGGCCAAUCCAAAAGACUUUGGAAUGAACUGUACAAAGUAAUUGACUCUUCUGAUGUUGUUAUCCAAGUGCUGGAUGCUCGUGACCCUAUGGGAACUCGUUCAAAACAUAUUGAAAAUUUCAUGAGAAAAGAGAAACCUCAUAAGCAACUGGUAUUUGUGCUAAAUAAAUGUGAUUUAAUUCCAACUUGGGUUACACAACGAUGGGUUACUAUCCUGUCAGCUGAGUAUCCAACUAUGGCAUUCCAUGCUAGCUUAACAAAUCCAUUUGGAAAGGGUGCCUUGAUUAAUCUUUUGAGACAGUUUGGAAAGUUGCAUGAAGACAAAAAGCAAAUAAGUGUAGGUUUCAUUGGAUAUCCAAAUGUUGGUAAGAGCUCAAUUAUUAACACACUUAGAUCAAAGAAAGUUUGCAAAGUUGCUCCAAUUGCUGGUGAAACAAAGGUGUGGCAGUACAUUACCCUGAUGAGAAGAAUAUAUUUAAUAGAUUGCCCUGGAGUAGUAUAUCCAUCUGGAGACACAGACACUGAAAUAGUGUUAAAAGGAGUGGUUAGAGUAGAAAAUGUCCAAGAUCCUGAAGAUCACAUUCCAGAGCUGAUGAAGAGAGUUAAAAAAGAGUAUUUGGCCAAAACAUACAAAGUUGCAGACUGGAAGGACCCAAUGGAUUUCCUUGAACAGUAUGCUCGAAGAAGUGGAAGACUAAUUAAAGGUGGAGAACCAGAUAUUUCCACUGUUGCAAAGAUGAUCUUGAAUGAUUUUCAAAGGGGCAAAUUACCUUAUUUUGUUAAACCACCAGUAGAUGAGAGUAAAAUUACAGUUGAGGAAGAGUCAAAAAGCAAUUCAGAAAAGGAUGAAAAUGCAGUGUCCAAUAAAGAAGCACCUGAAAGCACUUCUCAGAAUACAGAAAGUGAUGACAAUAGACCUACAGAAAUUAUUGGUUCAAAUGCUCGUCUUUCUGAGGAUCAAGACUUCUCUGAAUUAAAAUUGGGAAUUGAAUUUGAUGAAGAGGAUUUGGAACCUAAAUAUGAAAAAGGAGAAAUGCCAGAAGACACAUCCCAGAAUGUAAAAAGUGAAGGAAAUGAUUCUGCUGAAACUUUGAAUUCUAAGACUAAAAAAAUUAAAAACAGUGAUGAUACGACUGAAUCUGUUUCAAAAGAUUAUUCAAAUCAUGAAGAUAUUGACCCAGAUAAAGAUGCAUUGCCAAAUGAAAAAGAGCACAUCUCAUCAGACAAUGAUGAACAAUCUAUAAACAGGAAAAAAAUGACUGGUAAUAGACAUAAAAAGCGACAACGUACUAAUUCUGAAGGACUUCCAGAAAAGAAGCUGACAUCAAAACAACGGAGGAGAUUAAUGUUGCAAGAGAAAAAGAAAAAGAUUGGUGUUCAUUUCUAUGCAGAGAAAAAUGUGAAAAAUCGAAACCGAAAUAGAAGACAACAGGACUUGUAAUAAAUAAUUUAUAAGUUGUAAAUAAAAUGAAAGCUUACAUUAAUCAUCA